AUGUUGCAGUUGGAGAAAACUCCCAAGCGGUCUUCUGCGACCAUCCGCAAAGAUCUUGCGGAGAAAGCUGCGGCCGAGCACAGGGCCAAGGGGGGAGAAGUUGGGAAAUCGUUUGAGAAGAAUCUCAAACGGGCUAGAGAGGAGGCCCUAGCCGUUCUCAAUAAAAUAAAAAAGUCUUCCUCUGCGUCAACUCCUGGUGCCUCAGCCGGGGGUAAGACGAUGCGGAUAUCGGGGCGACUCGAGAAGGCCAUGCUGCGGGUGGACGGGCUUAAACGUCCUUAUUCUCGCAAACGGGAAGAGCUGGAGCUAGAUCUGAAGGCGGCCGACCAGCGGGUAACGGAUGCUGAGACGGCCAAGAAGGGAGCGGAGGAGGCUCAGAAGAAUGCAGACAAGAGCGCCAAACAGGCUGAAGAGACGCUCAAGAAGACCCAGGCGGACCUUGGCAAACUGAAAUCCAAGGUUGAGAGGCUGGAGAAGAAUGCUGCUCAAGCUCAGAAAAACGUUGCAGCAACCCUGGAGGCGGAGCAAAACCGCCUUGUUGCUAAGAGUGAUGUUGACAACGACGCCCGUAUGAAAAUUGCUUAG